AUGAAUUCGCUCCGCAUUGCGACGUGGAACGUCAGCGGGUUCCGUGACAAGGCCAAGCAGCGUCGGGUGAUGGCCGACGCCAAACAGCACUCCAUCGACCUGCUGUUUCUUCAAGAAACUAAUUUCCGGUCCCCUCUUGAUGUGGCCCACUUCCGGCGGGACUGCCAAGUGGAAGGUUUUUUCUCCCUGACGGCCGCCAGGUCCUGCGGAGUAGGGGUUGUCUUUGUCUCGGGAAGAUUCCGCCAAAAGUCUCAAUGCGUCUUUGGGGCCAACGGGCAUACUCUUUUUCUGGACGUCUUGAUUGACGGGCGGAGAUUCCGCUUCGUAAAUGUGUACGCGCCCGUUACGCGGACGGACACAAACAACUACUUCCGGGAGCUCCACGACUGCCUGCAGGAACCCCUCCCAUAUGUCCUCCUGGGCGACUUUAACUGUGUCGUCGACUCAAUGAGGGACGUCCGAGGCCCAGGGCGCGGGGGCUCAACCUACCAUGCCAGAGAGCUGGUAAAGAUGCUCCGGCACUUACGGCUUACGGACGCAUGGGUGCACCUCCAUAAUGACGAGUUUGGCCCGACCCGCUCGUCGCGCACCACGGAUAGCCGGCUAGACCGCGUGUAG